GGUAGAUAAAGGUCGCGAGCUCGGGAUCUGGCCCACAUUCGCACGGCUGAGUCCGCCGAGAAAGCUCCGUCACCUCUGACUGCCACCCGUGGUCAGAUCACUGAGCCUACGCCCUCAGCUGACGGUCAACAGACAGGUACCGCCGUAGCCACAGCCAUGCCCGAGUCCACGGAUCCGCCUGCGGCGCCGACGCCGGAGCAGGAGGCCGCUUACCUGGAGGACCUGGACCGCAAAAUCGCGGCCAUGACCCUGCCGGAGGGCUGCGAGCCGCUGCCGCUCGACCCCAACUACAAGUCGGUGCGUCUGCGCCACUACCGCUACAAGGGAACCGUCAUCAACACGUGGCACGUGAUGGCCGGCGCGCCGGAGCACUGGCGCCGCUUCAGCGCGCGACCCACGGACGUGUUCGUAGCCAGCUUCCCCAAGUCUGGCACCACAUGGCUGCAGGAGCUGGUGUGGCAGGUGGUCCACCAGGAGCAGAGUAAGCAGACGGACGAGCCGCUCGAGUACCGGUUCCCGCUCUUCGACAUGCCCUCUGUGGAGCGGAUGCGCUUCAAGGAGAUCUCGGAGAUGUCCGACCCGCGUCUCAUCAAGACGCACCUGCCCUACCACCUACUGCCUGAGAGCGUGUGGACGAGCGGCGCCAAGGUGCUGUACGUCAGCCGCGACCCGCGCGACGUCUGCGUCUCCUACUACCACUUCUGCCGCAUGGUCAACUUCAACUCGUACCGCGGAACGUUCGCCGAGUUCCGCGACGCCUUCCAGAAGGGCGAGAUGAUGUACGGGCCGUACCGGGAGCACGUCAAGGGGUACCGCGACCACGCCGGCCAGGUGCUCUGCGUCACCUACGAGGAGCUGCACCAGGACCGCGUCGGCUGUAUCAAGAGGGUGGCCGAGUUCCUCGGGAGGCCCAUGACCGACGAGCUGGCGCAGACCAUCUUCCAGCGCACCAGUUUCGCCGAGAUGAAGAAGAACCCGGCGGUCAACUACACCCACUGGCAGAAGGAGGGCGUGGCUCACCCGGAGAAGGAAGUCGGUGCGUUCAUGAGGAAGGGUAAGGUCGGCGACUGGACCAACUACUUCACCCAGGAGGAGGGCGACGCGCUGCUGAAAUGGUCCCAGCAGCUCGUCUGAGGGACAGCGCCACGAACCUAUAGACAAGGCCAUAUUUGUCAGAUAUACUCAUGUCGGCUUGAAUACCCACAUUGUUUUUGUUCUUGGUGGGUAGAGCAUCGUGUUGAUGGUCAUGUACAAAUGUUUGUACAUGACAAAUGUAUGUCAUAUACAAACAUUCGAUUCGAACAUUCGAUUGUCGAACAUUCGAUUCGAACAUUCGAUUGUCAUGUACAAACAUUUGUACAUGACAAAUGUUUGUCAUGUACAAAUGUAUAAUGUUUGUAAAUGCUUACUGUGUUAACUGAUAACUGUGUCAAUUGUCAAUGCUAUAAUUAUACGAAAUCGUGUGGCUUUAUAAUUCUGUGUUCCGCGAUAUGUUUCCUUUGGAUGUCGUUCUGCAUCUAUUUUCGACUGUCCGGAUUGUGUUUCUGGAUCGGAAAAUAAACUGUGUUAACAGAU